UACAGAUCCACACCUCAACAACACAACACUGCUUCUGCCGACCGAGUCCUCGUUUCAUCCCUUCGGCCUGCUGUUAUUAUUCCUCCAAAAUGAACCCGCUGUGUAGCAGAUGUAACCGAGUGGUGUAUCCCACGGAAAAAGUGAAUUGUCUUGACAAGUACUGGCAUAAAGGAUGCUUUAGCUGUGAAGUCUGUAAGAUGACUCUAAACAUGAAGAACUACAAAGGCUUUGAGAAGAGACCAUACUGUAAUGCACACUAUCCGAAGACAUCUUUCACCAGUGUUGCGGACACUCCGGAGAACCUGCGUCUGAAACAACAAAGCAAGAUGCAGAGCCAGGUGCUCUACAAGGAGGAGUUUGAGAAGAACAAGGGAAAGGGCUUCAGUGUUGUGGCCGACACACCAGAGUUGCAGAGAAUCAAGAAAACACAAGACCAAAUCAGCAACAUUAAAUACCAUGAGGACUUUGAGAAGAGCCGAAGUGGAGGGGACACCCCGCUCCCACUGACACCUCAACUAAACACACCUCCAGCAUAUCCAUCCUCGGCUGCAUCCCAGAACUAUCACUAUGAGCCUGAGCCGGUGCGUCCAGCGGCUGCAGCUCCUCCUCCCAGCUCUGGGAAGCGCUACCGAGCGGUGUAUGACUACACCGCUGCCGAUGAGGACGAGGUGUCGUUCAUGGAUGGAGACAUGAUCGUGGACGUGCAGCAGAUCGACGAGGGCUGGAUGUACGGGCGAGUGGAGCGCACCGGCCAGCAGGGCAUGCUCCCAGCAAACUACGUGGAGGCCAUGUAAAAAAAACAAAAAAAAAAACAGCAGACCGAGAGAAAGUAGGGCGGAAAAAAAGGCGGAGAGACGCAGAUGAUUAGCCGAGUGCCAUCUCACCUUUCAAGAGCUCAUCUUUUUCCUCUUCUAUUCCUGCACUAACUCUCCUUUCAGGGGUCUACAUCUACCGACCCGGUUACGAUCCAAAACAAACACAGUUCAGUAUGUAAACAUACACACACAUACCAACAACAGCGCGCAUACACGCAAUCGCAUAGAUAGUGAACGAUUUCUCGCCCAUAUCUUUCGCUUUACACGCACCUCCCUUUCUAUUGCUUUUGCUGUCUGUCCGAGCGUUUGUCUUUUUAUUAAGUGUUCCCUCUUGUCCAGGAAAGGUGCUGUCACGAGUGGCACUUAAGUCUUAAUAAGACUCACAAACACACACCACCACACGGGUCUCUGAAAGUCUUCAGGGCCUGCUAUAUAGCACUUCACAGUUCAUCUCAACACACCUAUCAGUUGCUCUGACAAUUCUUUUAUAUUUUAAUGAUCUUCUUUUGCAGCCUGUAAUUGUAAUGUAUAUCAGUACAGUUUCACACAUCAUUGGUCUGUGGGUCUGUAACAAUGCUUGAACAUGACUUGUGGUCAUUCCGGUCUUCGUUCCAUCACGCUUGAUCAUUUAAAUCAAUGUGUUGGGAUGGGAAUCUCAAAACAGGCUUCUUGUUUUCAACUGGACUUUCUUAAAACUGUAUGAAAGGGGCUGGAGACUUUUGCAUAUUCACUUCAGCUCCUUCACAUUCCUCUCUAGCCCCUUAACCGUAUCAAUUAGAAAAUAUAUAUAUAUAUAUUAAGCAUAACUUUGUUCUGCUGCUCCUGCUUUUCGCAGAUGACAAGAAAAUAGUAAUGUACAUUGUUCUUCAUAAAGGGAAAACUAAAAGAAGCAUAUCUAGUCGGUUAGCGAGCGAGGAGCAGUUGUAGGAUAGUGAGAGGAGCCCAAGCACAAUUCUAUGGACCAUUUUUAGCUUUGGAUUCUUUUUAAAACAAAACAUUCCAUUUGGUUUGCAUUCUAUUUCAGUUCUGGAACGUUCCACGUGCAUAGUAUGAAACUGUAUCUCAGAGCUGUUCUGUAAGACGUUGUUAUUGAUGUUUUUGUUAGUUUGUUUGUUUUUUUUUCCUCAUAUCAUUGCUUAUUCUCAUUGCCUUGCUGGUAUUGUACGAGACGGAAUUUUAAUGUCAGUUUAUCAAUAUCAGUGGAAUAAAACAAAUCUAUUUGUA